AAGCACACACACUACACGUCGUCUCGGCUCUGCUAAGGUGCCUUGAGUCUGCUGUCACCAUGUCUGGUCGCGGUAAAGGCGGGAAAGGGCUGGGGAAAGGGGGUGCUAAGCGCCACCGUAAAGUGCUUCGGGAUAACAUCCAAGGGAUCACCAAGCCGGCUAUUCGUCGCUUGGCUCGACGUGGAGGCGUGAAGCGUAUUUCGGGAUUGAUUUACGAAGAGACCCGCGGAGUGCUGAAAGUGUUCUUGGAGAACGUGAUUCGGGACGCUGUCACUUACACCGAACAUGCCAAGCGAAAGACCGUCACGGCGAUGGAUGUUGUUUAUGCCCUGAAGCGCCAGGGUCGUACUCUCUAUGGUUUUGGCGGCUAAAGGGCUCACUAAAGGCGACAGAACAAUACAGGCUCUUUUAAGAGCCCCCCCACGCUUUCUCAAUAAGAGCUGUGAUCAGUGUGUUUUGUUCUCACGUGAAAAGUAGACAUACAAAAAUAUUGAAUGGACACUAAAUACUUCUUUACACUAAAUACAUUUAUGUAAAUGAGUAUGGGGCAUUAGUUAAAAUAGCAUAUGUGUACUUUUCAACAUUACAAUUAGUGGUUACGUUCUUGAAUGGUAGUAUUUUAACUUGAGGGAAAAUAAGUGAAACAUGAGUAGCUGCCUUCCAGCUAUCGGUAUUAAUUAUUGUAUUAGGAGAAAGUUUAAUUUGACCUAGUGUAGUUUGUGUCAGAUUUUAUGCAUUCCCGAGCAGCAUGUUGGCGAACUCGCUUAGCUAUGGCUUUUUUUUUCU